UCCGGUGGCCCGUUUGGCUCAAAAUGGCGACAUCACUGGGCUCCAACACCUACAACAGACAGAACUGGGAAGACGCGGAUUUCCCAAUUCUGUGUCAGACAUGUUUAGGAGAAAACCCUUACAUCCGUAUGACCAAAGAGAAAUAUGGGAAAGAAUGCAAAAUCUGUGCUCGACCCUUUACCGUGUUCCGGUGGUGUCCAGGAACACGGAUGCGUUUCAAGAAGACAGAAGUCUGUCAGACAUGCAGUAAAAUGAAGAAUGUUUGUCAGACAUGUUUGCUUGACCUGGAGUAUGGUUUGCCCAUCCAGGUCCGAGACACUGGCCUUUCUGUUAAAGAUGAAGUUCCUAAGUCAGAUGUGAACAAGGAGUUCUACACACAGAACAUGGAGAGAGAGAUAGCCAAUUCUGAUGGCACACGGCCAGUGGGCCAGCUAGGUAAAGCUACCAGCUCUAGUGAUAUGCUGCUGAAACUGGCCCGGACAACACCAUACUACAAGAGGAACCGUCCACACAUCUGCUCUUUCUGGGUGAAGGGAGAGUGUAAGAGAGGGGAGGAGUGUCCCUACAGACACGAGAAGCCCACAGAUCCUGAUGACCCGCUUGCUGACCAAAACAUAAAGGACCGUUAUUAUGGUAUCAACGAUCCAGUAGCUGACAAGCUGCUGAAGCGAGCUUCGACCAUGCCCCGACUGGACCCACCAGAGGACAAGUCCAUCUCCACCCUCUACAUAGGGGGUCUGGGAGAUACUGUUACAGAUGGAGAUCUCAAGAGUCACUUCUACCAGUUUGGUGAGAUUCGUACCAUUACCAUAGUCCAGAGGCAGCAGUGUGCCUUCAUCCAGUUUGCCACACGGCAGUCGGCUGAAAUGGCUGCUGAGAAGUCCUUCAACAAGCUUAUCAUCAAUGGACGGAGGCUCACUGUCAAGUGGGGAAGGUCUCAGGCUGCUAGAGGAAAGGAGGGCAUAAAAGAUGGUGUUAGUGAGAUGGGUACCAGACUUGAUCCUGUACCUGGGCUGCCUGGAGCUCUACCACCACCACCAGCGCUUGAUGAAGAGGCUCCUGCAAACUACUUCAACCUGGACCCAAGCACCUCUCCUGCUGUCAUGAACAUCGCUCUGCCCCCACCUCCAGGCAUCAACCCGCCUCCUCCCGGUUUCGGUCCACCAAUGUUCCACCCCAUGGGCCCCAUGGCUCCACCUAUGCCCCCUCCCAUGAGCAUGAGACCUCCAGGUCAGAUCCACUACCCCUCCCAGGAUCCUCAGCGCAUGGGUGCCCAUGCUGCACAUGGCUCACGCCAUGGCGAUUAGCUGCCAGAGUGGAAUCGUGCUACUAUUAGGUGUUAUUCUUUUUUUUACGUCAGUCCUGGUCUGGUGCUUUCAUUUGAGAUGCUGUUGGUGAGCCUGAAGCCUGCAGACAACUUCUGGUAGAAAUACAGGAUAACAUCAGAUUUGUUGUGCCACCUGCAGUGCCGUGAAUGAACUGAUGGAGCACCAUCUGUGUCUGGAAAGAAAACCAGGAUCUUACAUGAAGACUUUGUCGCUACUUGCAGUUAUGAAAGUACUAGAACAGAACAGCAUCCAAACAGUGGACGUUAACAUGAGUACUGGCCAAUGUGAUCAGAGCCAUAUGGUUAUAAAGGGCUCCUGAUGUGGGAGCUGUUGUACAUAUGAAAAUGUAUGCUUUAGGUGAAACUUGUAUUUGUCACAUUGCUGCAAGUAUCGGGGAGGGAAAAUCUGAGGGAUUUUUAAAUCUGUUAAUUUUUCAGUGACAUUGACUUUUUUGUUCUUUUUUUUUUAUUGACACAAUCUUAAUAUUCCACAGCAUAAUGACUUAGUUUAUUGUAAAGCUUUCUUUGAUUGUUGUUUUCACUUUUCAUUAAAAUGACUAAAUUUUGUCAUCUAAGUGUACAUUAUUCAGCAGUAUUCAUGCACCUUGGUGAGGGGAGAUAAAGAAAUGUGGAGCCACAGUGUUAACAGAAAAGGGGGGGGUCUUGUCAUCGACGUGAUAAGACACUGCAAAGAGCAAAGGAAGGAUAGGCAGGACUUAUUGGCCUGUGGCGGUAUUGUCCUGCCUGGACUCGACUGGUAAUGAACUGUUGAUUCCAUUAGCCUGAGUUUGCCUCAGCUGGCUAAACCACUCAGCAGUAGCAAACCACUUGCAAUAUCAUGCAGGAGUGUUUUUUUUCCCCCUCUCUUCUGCUGAAUCCACAAAUAAACAGGGAUCUGUGUAGGAGGCGAGGAGCAAGCAAAUGUCAGU